AUGCUAAAGGAGGAUGAUGCACUGCUCAGGAGAGUUACAGAGCUUAAUAUCGUUGUGGAUGGCGUUGAAUUCAAAGAUUUCUCUGCAUUUGUGUCCAGAGUGGAGGACACAAAAGAUCUUCUCUUGUUCUUCAGGACCUUGAGGACGUUCUCUGAGAGAUGUGAGGAGAGGCGUCAAACUUUUCAGCACUUUCAGGAGAAGUACCCAGACGUGGUCAGCCUUCCAGAGGGAUGUCGAUCCGAGCUCAUGAUUAUAAGAAGUCCUCAACUUCCAGGGAUCUCCAUGACCAUAUUCUGGAAGAUCGAUGUGUCCAUGGAAGGAGUGGUAAAGCCAUCGCUUGAGCUCCUGCUGAAAAUGGCAGACCAGGCUCGGGAGUUCGACGGAUUAUUUUCAGAGCCUCCUGCGGGUUCUUGGGGUGGAAGCAUCUAUCGAGGGCUUGAUAAGAACUGUGUUUGUGAGAAGUCAAAAAUUAAGCCAAAGUUCACGCUGUGGGAGCUUCAUAUCUAA